AUGAAAAUUCUAUCUGAAGACGAAAAGGCUGCUCAUUCAAGUGCCACCUUCUGGGCUGGCUUUAAAGGUGGUCUAGCUGGUGCUGCCAUCUCUGCUCUAUUGUUCACUGUGGGUGCUAAAAGAUGGCCUGUGUUACAUCGUUUGCCCACUGCUGCCAAAACUGCUGUCGUUAUCACUCCUCCAACUCUCUUGAUCUCCAUCUGCGCUGAAGAAGGCUCCAACAACUUUGACAAAAUAGUCUACAGCUCUGAACACACACAACAAACUGCCUUGAAAGAAUACUUGAGAUGGCAAAACCUAUCCUACAGGGAGAAAACUAUCGAAUUGGUCAGCUCCAACAGAUACUCCAUCAUUGUUGGUGCCUGGGCUGCUUCUCUAUAUGGCUCCUGGGCCCUCGUCAACAGAGACCCAAUCAUGACCAAACCCCAAAAGAUUGUCCAGGCAAGAAUGUACGCUCAAUUUCUCACUGUCGCUUUGCUCUUGGGUUCCAUUGGUUUGACUGUCUGGGAAGAAAAUAACAUGAGCCACACUCCUCAGGCUCACAAAAUCGAAGACUCUUGGAAGGACAUUCUUGCUGACGAAGAAGACAGAGAAAGAAAAGCUGGUAUUCCUUUGCACAUAACCCCAAAGGAUUUGCAUAAAGUUGACUAA